GGCGGGCAGCGGAUUGUGAGCGCUGCAACCCUGAAUAAUAAUCUUCGGUUUCCACGGAGCGCAGCGAAGCUAAUGGUGGACUUUGGACCUGCAGCAAAGGGGACGCUGGACGAGAAGAGAAGAAAAGAGAAGAGAAGAGAAGAGAAGACAAGAGAAGAGAAGAGAAGAGAGGAAAAUUCUUGGAAGGACAGGAAGAAUGGGAUAGAAAAAAGCAAUGAGCAGGCUAAACUGUCCAUUUGAGGAGAUGGACUGAAGAAACCAAAGGAACAGAAAGGACAUAAUAAUGAACUGCAGGCAGCUGUGGAUGGACAUGUGCAGAGAGCGACUCACCCAGGGACUGCUGUUGCGUUUGGGCAUUCUGCUCACUGCUGUGUGUGUGAGCAUUCAUGUUUACCUGGAGGCAGGUUGGCGGGGCACACCUGCACCCCUGGCUGUGGGACAUCCCAUCCGCUCUUGUCACAACUGUGGCCAACAAAGCAGAAGCAAACGGGUCUCUGCAGAGCCAGGGGCACAGGGAAGGAGCAUUAAAAGGAGAAUCUCCUAUGUUCGCAUGCUGAAGAAGGACAGCCCAGCUGAGAAGAGAGAUGGAGACAAAGAGGACCCCUCACUACCGUGCUGCCCACCUCUACUCUCGCAAAAAAAGGCUCCUCGGUGGCACAUACACUUGGAGCCCUGGGCCAGUGAGAAUCAUUCUCUGGAGGACGAAGCUAGGAGGUUUCUCAAUUACAUCACAACACCACAAGUGUCUUGCGUACCACUGCCUGGUGAAGAAACUGCCCUAGAGGGGAACAAGGGAGCCUGGACUGUAUGCCUGGACCCCAAGUACAGCCUGACCCACCGGGUGCAAAGCAAGCACUGCAGGGUCUACUCUUUUGGGUUGGGUGUUGAUGACCGAUCCCUGGAGCAUUCCCUCGCCAGGAAAGGGUGUGAGGUCCACUGCUUUGAUCCCAGUCUGAAGCAGCCUCACCUGCAGCAUGCUGAAAUGUGGCUCCAUCGACUCUCUGUAGACUGGAGAGAUCCCAACCCCGCUAUUGCCGCCCAGCGUCAGUACGCCAGCACCAAGAAACUGGCCACCAUCCUCAAUGACUUUGGACACAGACAGGUGGAUAUACUGAAGGCGGACAUGGAGAGUGCAGAGUGGAAGAUUUUGGAGAAUUUGGUCCUGGAAGGUGUUCUGGACUCAGUUGGUCAGCUGCUCUUGGAGCUUCACCUCCACUGGGCAGGUUUUGAGGUGGGCGGUGAUGACCCUUCUGUGGUGCGUUAUUGGUUCAGCCUGCUCAAGGAACUGGAACACGCCGACUUCCGCCUCUUCCAUGUCUACAGCGACCCAGCCAAACCUCACCUCUUCCUGCAUAAGAAUGUCCUCAACGCCAGCAGUGCUUACACCCUGAGCUGGGUGAACACACAGUGGAAGCCUUGAUGGGCGCCAGACAGAUAUAAAUAGCCAAAAAUAUCUAGACAAGAACAGCCUCUUGAGUGGAAACGUGCAAGUUUGUGUAAAAUGGAGCUUUCAGUCUGAGCACAAAUGCUUGCUAGAGCACGUCUGUUUUUCAGCUUGCUCUUAUCUGGUCUGACCUUUUUGCAAAGCUAAAAUCCCUGCUACUACUUAUCCUCCUGUUCUUCCUCUCCUGGCCUGUAAUGACCUCAGCUGUGUAGAGGGGCAGAGUAAUUGUCUCCAGAGGCUCUCUGUGUUCUACCUCAUAGUGGCCGUGUUGUUGGCUGCAGGUCAGCCUCUGAGUCACAGCCACCCAUGUCGUCAUGGUCCUAUCGAAGCUUGGCCCACAGCCAGUCGUACCGCCUGAUAUCAGACAGCAUUUCCUCAACCCAGUAUGUGGAGAGAUUACACUAGUCUGCACAAGCCCCGACAACAACCCCAGUUGUACAUUAAUUAAAUUAAAUGUAUACAUGAUGUUAAAAGGUGUAGAUGGAGGACAGAUCCUGUGUCAUUGAGAGCAAGUGAAUAUCUGUGGAAGUGUUGGAAGGAACUGGAGCGUUAUUUCUGCUGCACCAGAACUUCGUCAACAAACUUCAUCUGAACAUGUCGCACAA